AUGGAAUAUUGCGCCUAUUUCGCCUUUGACACCUCCACCGAUUUGCCAUGUCUCGGUGUCCUCCUCAUCGACAAUAGCGAUCCUAAUUGCGUAAUCUUCGUCGAACAUACCAAGGCCCCGACCCCAAUUCCAACUCCAGCUCCGGCGCCAGCUCCAAGCCCCGAACCACCACAAACCCAUUCUCCCCAUGAAACCGCAACAACGAAAUGGCCCAUCGUACUCAUGACCCUCCUCGCCCUCGGCUCAGCCCUGCUCGCCACGCUAACGCUCUCAUCCCUCUCGGGCCGCCCCCCCGUCGAUCCUGGGCUUCAGUAUCCCGGAAGGCGAAGGCUGGCUCAUCUUCUUCGGUAUGCUGGUUCUGAGCGAGAUUAUGUACACUUUCCACAUCUGCAGCAGGGACCGUAG